CGAGCCGCAGCAGCCCUUGCCGGGAUCGCUCAGCGCCAACUGCACGCAGCCGGGCGGGGGUCACGCUUUCAAAGACAGUCUCAAAGGCAGAAGAUUAAGCCAAGUGCCUGGAAAAAAAUCAAGCAACCAAGUAAAGGAGAGAGGUCCUACUAAAGCUUUUGUGGAGAGGAUCACAGAUUAAAUUUCCACUGUGCCUAUUCUUUUCUCAAAUUCACCUGUACAAACGCUGCUGCCAACACAUAGAAGGGGUCCAGCUCAGCCACUUGGGCACUGAAGUAGCUGAAAUGAGAAAGAGGCAGCAGUCACAAAAUGAAGGAACAUCAGCUGUGUCUCAAGCACCUGGAAACCAAAGGCCCAACAACACAUGUUGCUUUUGUUGGUGCUGUUGCUGCAGCUGUUCAUGCCUCACUGUUAGGAAUGAAGAUAGAGGAGACAAUGCAGGAAGGCCAACGCAUACAACCAAACUGGAGAGUAUCCAGGUCAUAGAAGAAUGCCAAAACCCUACUGCAGAUGAAAUUUUGUCUUGGGCUCAGAAUUUUGACAAGAUGAUGAAAACACCAGCUGGGAGGAACCUUUUCAGAGAGUUUCUUAGAACGGAGUAUAGUGAGGAGAACCUGCUCUUCUGGCUUGCAUGUGAAGAUCUAAAGAAGGAACAGAACAAGAAAGCUAUUGAAGAAAAAGCAAGACUUAUAUACGAAGAUUACAUUUCUAUACUAUCACCGAAAGAGGUUAGUCUUGAUUCCCGUGUGAGAGAAGUGAUCAACAGAAACUUGUUGGACCCCAGCCCUCACAUGUAUGAAGAUGCCCAGCUCCAGAUAUACACCUUGAUGCACAGAGACUCUUUUCCAAGGUUUUUGAACUCUCAGAUUUAUAAGUCUCUUGUUGAAAGUAUUACAGGCUCUACUUCUGAAACUUAAUUUUCACAUAAAAUAACUUGUUUUUUGUUUUGUUUUUUCUUUGGGUGGGUGGGAUGGAAGAUAAGUAGUUUAAUAACAUCUGGAGCUGGGUUCCUGGAGAACUACAGUUUAGCACUACUCAGGCUACUGUGAAGAAAAAAAAUACAUAUUAUGGUCUCUGUCUACAUUUUUACCAAGGUCCUCCUUGCUCAAGAUGGCAUGGGAGGGGAUAAAUGGAUUUGCCAAAAUACAUUUGUUUCACACCCCUUUCACCCUAUUGCAGUCAAGAUUGCAAUGAUGUAUUUGUAGUUUUAUGAACAGUCUCCUUGUGUAUCCUCACACUGCAUGUGCAAGGUAAAACUGCUUCACUUACCACUUAGUUGUUGCAAUAUUUAAUCCAAUAACAUAAAUUAUAUCUGUAUUUAAAAACUUUCUUUUGUGCAAUACAGUCCUAUGGUACAUAGAAACAAUUGCAGCAAACCAGAAAGAGGCUUGCAUUUUUUAACAUCACUAACUAAAAAGCCAAUUUUUAAGGUGUAGCAUUACUCUACAUGCUCUACUGAGUACAAUACAGUGACUUUUUGAAGCCAAUAUUUCUGUACAGAGAAAAAGAGCUAUUUAUCACUGUUUAUUUAAAAUAAAUCAAGCGGAGGAUUCCUCUGGUUGUUCACUGCCAAAACUGUGGCAUUUUCAUUACAGAGUUUGCAAUGUCAAAGAAAAAGAAAAAUAAAAGAAGAAAAAAAAAGCACAAAUCACUUAAAGGGAUCCAUUUCUGGGUGACACAAUCUAUGCGCUGAUAUUGUUUAAUUGUUAAAAAAAACAAAGAUUUUCAAUGUACAUUUCAGAUGUCAGAUACUGUAAUUGAUUUAUUAAAGACUGGCUAUCCAGUUCUAACACUGUUGUAUAAUGUUAUGUACUUCAGAGAAAAAAAGAAAAAAAAAUAAGAAACAACACAAAAGGCUUGAUAAUUUAGUUUUUUGAAUAAAGAAAUUUAAUAAAAGAUUGCCUACAUGUAGCAUUUUAGAGCAUUUUAGAACAUUUUGAUGAACUGCAUCUGUUCUGUAAGAUAUUUUUUUUUUUUUGAAAGCUAAAUCUGGUAAAAAAUGUUUUUAAAUGAAGUAAUGUUUUACGAGGUGGUGGGUUAAAGAAGACUUAGCUUCUAGCCUCAUUGAUUUUGAACAACUCCUUGAAAACAAGGGGUUUGGAGAGUAAUAUUAAACCAAACUUCAAGGGCUUCUAAACCUGCAGAUCUUACCCAAGCAAAAUGCCUACAGAAACACAAUGGGUAUCUUUCCUGGGUAAAGAUUCCUGUACUGAGCCCUUAAUCUGAGCUAAGGCAGCACAGUACUCCCAUCACUAGGCUGCCAUAGUGUUUUUAAUAGGUGUUUGUUUGCUUGGCCUUUUUAUCAAAGAAUGUCCAGUUUCAGGACACAUUUUGAUGUUUAAAGAGACAGUGACUUGCAACUUAAAAAAAACCCAUCUUCAUACCGAUCAUAUACAAGCAAAAUGAGUGUUAGCAUCCCUCAUAAACUGCUAAAGAUAUACCAAGAAAUUGCUCUGAAUACUUGUUAAAUAUAUAUAUAUAUAUUUGUGUGUGUGUAUAUAUAUAUAUUUAAUACUGACAACCAUACUAAGACUUAGGAGGCAAGGUUCUUCUCACUUCUGUAGGACUAAACAUGGCACAAGCCCAUCGCUUUCGAUUGGCCUGGAAGGUCUGGCAGUUGUGUCCUUGAGUGGAAUCUGGCCUGAACACAGUUGGCUCCAACCCCUCAGUUACUUCCUGCGGGCAGCCUCCGGUGCCGGCUUUGGUGGGAGCUGCUGCUGCCGAGGCAGGUCUGCUGUGACACCGUAACUGGGAGGAUGCAGGUCUUAGUUUAUCUUCUGGGGCUUAUUUUUUUCCCUUUCUUUUACUACCUCUCAUUUUCUUAAUUUAUUGAACAUGCUUCAGAUAGCAGGUUUGGGGAAUUUUUUAGUCAUUCUUUUUACUUGAAACCUGUGUGCUUUUUUUGGAUAUAUAUAUAUGAACAAUUUAACAAACUGUUUCUUAAACUCAUUUGGUUUUGUAAUUUAUAUAGAAUUCAGGAGAUGAUUAAAAGGGCUAUUCUCUAUUCCCUAUGCAAAUAUUUUAACUGUUGUAGUGUUUGACAAAAUGGGAUCUAAAACAAAAAUCUGCAAAGUGGAAAAAAAUAUCUGUUUACAGUGGCAUUGCUGACUAUCCUACCAUAUUCAGCACUUUUAAAUAUUGUUAUUUAUGAAAAUGUAGUUUAAAAUGCAAGACAAAAUAUUUAUAAAUGUUUCUUUUAAUAAAUACCUGUUUUGUCUGAAAGUGCUACCGUGUUAUGACAACUUUAUUCAUGUUGGUUAGCUACUUACCAUUAUGAAUAAAAUAUUCAAUUAUUAUACUGA